AAUAAAUAACGCCUGCCAGCAUUACUUUCAGACUAUGUUUAUUUUAAUACUGUAUCGAAAGUACUUGAAUGCCAAGUAUGUUCAUACCCUGAUCUGAUAGGUUAACACAGAUUACGCCCAUGUACUUAACAAAGACCGACAUCCGGAAUUAAACUAAUUUUUUGUUCCUUGAAUUUCGCUAUAAAGAACUGCAUGUUCUGUGUAGUACUACAGUUGUAACUUAUACAUCAAGAAGGGAGCAAGCCCUAGUAGCUCUAAGCUAGGUAGGUAGUACUUGUAUUGUAUACUAUACGUGGAUUUCACGAAGAGAGACAGUGCUACACACGAUGGUCAACUCCGAAAUGAAAGAUAUAGUGAUCACAGUGACAGACUACAUGGUUCAGUACAUGUACUGUCUGUGUUUAGUGACAAGCACAUGUGACUGCAAACAUUUCGCAACAUUCGUUCGCUCGCCCCGAUGAAGCGAGGAGUUGAUGAGAGUUUGCAGUCAGGCAUUUUUACUGGGGACAUUUCAAGCUCUAGAUUAACAAAAUAAAGUGAUGUGUGUUCAACUACGAGUGCUUUAUGAAAAGUAAUGAGCGAAACUUAUAGUUGAACCAAGGUCGCGUGACUUCUUCGUUUGAUCUGGAUGGAUGCCUUUCAAGUUGAGCAGCAUGUUGUAGCACAACAAAGCUUCCUCAUACACAACAACCAAGAUCUUUUACUUUACUGAAUGUAUUAAUCAAUCUUAUUUGUCAUUUUAGAUCGACGUCAGUGCAAUAUGGCGACAGCGGGGAGCACAUUACCAGCGAGCACAUUACCAGCGAGCACAUUAGCAGUGAGCACAUUACCAGCGAGCACAUUACCAGCGAGCACAUUAGCAGUGAGUGAGGUCAAUAAAGACCAGAGGCAGAGCAUUAAAUUGAUCGAAAUACAAGAAUUAUCAAGAUUGCAAAACGAGAAAGACGAGGUAUGAUAUAUACUAGCUGGAUACUUUGAUUGCUACUAUUCACAACAUAUAGCUAAUUAUUACUGACGAAUUACUUAUUUUAUAAUUGGCUAAUUAACUCGCUAAUUGAUACAUUAAAAAAUAAACUUACUACCCUCAACUACAACCAGCAUAUUGCUAGCUAACCAAAGUGCAAACUUUCCUCAAAAUUAUUCAACAAAGGGACCGCGGAACCGGGGGGCAUGCCCCCCCCCCACUUUUUUGACGGAUAAAAAAAAAUACCGGAUAGGCUCCACGCUCCCUGCAAUAUAGACAAACAUUACUAUUACUAACCUUUCUCGAUUUUGUUACGUUUAGGUCGAUGGAAGUAUCCCGGUAUAUGACCGUAACAACAACAUAACUCGAUAUGAAAUCAGAAGACCGAAAAUUGACAGUGAACAAUGUGAUGGGAAAAAUAAAGACAGAAUAACUACAGCACAAAAUCAGAGACAACGGACGCGAAAUAUAUUCUCAUGCUAUGCCAGGCAAACAUCGAGAGAAAGUUGAGAUGAAAAGAUGCUACUAAUUAACCUUUCUCACGCUGCCAUUUUUGGGCGGCUUUUCAGCCGAAAUCUGCGAGAUAAGUCCACAUAUAACAGCGACUUUUUAUAGUUUUUUGACGAAUAAUGGUAAAUUUGCGUUGUAAAUAGUUAGUAUAUUUUGAUUGUUUUAAUUGUCUGCAUUGGUUAAGGAGAAUUAGAUGCAAAAAUUGGCGGAUAUUCGUCAUCGCGAGAAAGGCUAAUUGGUUUUGACUUCAAAAUCUAAGUUACUGGAUAGACUACACCACGACGAAAGAAGUUCAGAAAAUGGAAUGAAGCGUUAAGGAGGGAACGAAACAGAAAUUAUUUGAAUGCUUGUUAAUUUAUUGACGAUUUAACUACCAGUUUUGAAGUGCAAUAGUAGUUAAUAUAUGUGAACUAACGUAUUAGGUUUUUCAAUUCAACCUAUGGAGAAAGUAAGAGAAUAUUUCUCAAAUAUAAUAUUAUAAACAAUUAUUAAAUGAGGUUUUUUUUGUUAUCGCCUUCAGCUUGACUGACAACGCUUACCUCAAAACCUUAAUAUCAUAAAAACCUCAUCCAAUAACUUGAAUAUUUAUACAUAAGAUAUGAAACAGUAUAUCUUUCAAGUUGUUAGUGUACAUAUAGCUAGUUAUGUAAAUAAUAAUUAAAAUUAAAAGUGUGUGUUCAUUAAAUCCGUUUCUUUAUUUUAAUGUCCGGUGUUUUCACGGCAACUAUCAAAUAGCAAUCUUCAUAGUAAAAAUGACAAAUUUUAAAAAGAAAGCAAUUUAAUCGCUUAUCAUUCCAUUAAAAUUAAAUAUACUACAAAGUACAAUUAUACAUGAGAGUAAAAUUAUUGCUGUCUACAAACAGUUUAGGCUAACUAGAACAAAAAAAUUAAAACAGUUCAUUACACAUGUUAAGUCGAUGGAAAUUACGAAACUGUCCAGCGAUAUUUUGAAGUGAAAAGUUUGAAUUAACACUUUUUCGAAAACCGAACUUGUAAAAAAUUGAAACGUCCCUGGUGUUUGUAUAUUCAUACCUGACAACAGGAUAGAGCUUUCCCAGUUCCUGACUUUGGGUUUUCCAAAUAAAGUUCUUAAAACAGGAAAAUUUGAUUGUACAAAACAAAAUCGUGAAUGAAAGGCGUUAUUUUCAUGGUAAGGGCCCAUUCACUCAUAAAGUAUAUGAUAUAUGUGAACUAUUUCUGAAUCUUUUGUUUGCUAAGGCAAGUGGUCCUCAGAAUCGCGAGAUCUUUCUUUCAUAUUUAGCAAUACAUUUUUAUUGCAAUUUUAUUAUUUAUGGUUAUAGAAUAAAGCCCUGCGCAAAUAACAAAGAAUUGUUACGGAAACAUUGUGUCCUAGCUAAGCUCCCGAAGGUGGGCAAACCAGGAACCAUUGUGUCCAAGCCAUGUUUCCAGAUGUUGGGCAAACCAGUAGACAUUGUUUCCGCAACAAAACUCACACUUGGUAAACAAAACAUGCUUCUAAAUUCGUUGGAAAAUAUUGUUUGCUUCCUAAGAAGAAAAUUGGUAUUUUUCCAAAAAUUGGUAAAGUUUUCAAGAGAGAAAAAUGUUGAAACAUUUAAGGAGCAUUGGUAUUUUCAAAUAUUUGCGCCACAAUGUUUUCCAUAAGUGAACUUCACUACGUGGGAAAUUGAAGCACAUGGUGCUCAACUCUAACACCUGUACUCUAAAAGCUCACUACACUCAAAGAGUGGAGAUUCAAUCUGAGCUUCCCUUGAGUGUUAGUGCUGUUUUUGAAUAGCUGAAGGGUUAUAAGAGAAGCUCAGAUUGAACCUCCAGUCUUUGAGUGUGAGUGAGUGAGUACAGGCGAAAGAGGAAAGACAAUUAAUCCUCCACAUCUUGUACACUAGGUGGUAAAUACAUUGAAUGAAAUAUUUCGUUUGCUUGCUAUCGUAAGUGUCAAUAGAGAGUUUAAGAUAUUCAAAACAAAGAAAUUCUUGAUGGAAGACAAAAAGUAUGAAUAAAUUUGUGGUUCCAAGGGUAUCCUCAACAGCGUUGUCAUUCUGAAUACAACGUUAAGCUAAGCACAAUCACGUCUUCCAGCAACGUGAAAGUUUAUUACGACGUUAGAUGUGUUACAUAAAGUCAACCUUAUUGCAAACACUACCGAUCGUUCUCCUCAACUUAGCUGUUUGUUAAGCCCUGGGCAAACUAGGAAACAUUGUUGUGGAAACAUUUGUGAUUCUCGAUGUUUCCUCAAAUGUUUCCCUGUUUGCCCACUCGUGGGUUUAUUGUUACCGAAACAAAAUUUGCUUCCCGAGAAGCAAAAAUGUUUCCUAGCAAAUUCAGAAAUAUUUGAUGUUUCCCUAUGUUUCUCACUAAUGUUUCCGCAACAAUGUUUCCUAUUUUGGCCAGGGUUUUGUCAAGCGUUAUUACAGUAAUCAAAGUACUUAGCGCUCAUUCUUGAGCUGAAAUUCAGACCGCGUCGUAGUUGAGUUUGCUGUGUCGUAGAUCUUAAACUCUCUAGCACGUUUGAAGUUUAGCAGCAUACUGUCUAGCACAACAAAGCUUACUCACAACACACAACAACCAACAUCUUUUACUUUCCUGAAUGUAUCAAUAAAUUUGUCAUUUUAGAUUCACGGUCGGUGCAACAGAGCUUUCAAUCUCUGACGAAGGGAUUAGUAUCUGAAGUGUCGUACACUUCAUCCUCGUCGUCGUUAUAUUCCGAGGUAUCGUAUUUCAACACCGUGUGAUGUGUUGGGGACUGGAAACGAGAGAAUGUCUUGCGUUUCACAUCCUUGAUGACGUCAGCAGGUGUGGCUCCAUGGCGAUGGUAACGAUGGACAAAGUAGAGGAUAAUUAGGAUCACAAGGAUACAUAGUAAGACACCAACGACGAUCCCCGCUGUGUUGGGUGAACUGCUGCCCCCAUGCUGUGAACCCACUGUAAGAGAUGAAUGUUGAAU